UAAAUGUCAAGCUGACGGUGGAGAUAGAUAACAUAAUUCAGUGGCUGAUGAACUGAUCACGAGAACAUGGCGGGUAAAUUUCUUCUUUGUCUGUUGGGAGUUUUGACGAUCUCUGUCGUACAAGGUGAUUUCACGUGUCAGUCGGACAGUGACUGUUUGCUCUCCGGUUAUCAUUGCUGCAAAGGCACUAUCUACUGUUGUUCUGAUGGGUACAUAUGUACUGGUACCGACACCUGCCUCAGUAUCGGGAUAAUCGUUGGCCCCAUCGUGGGCGGAGUACUCAUCAUCAUCAGCAUCAUCGUCUGCUGCAUUCGAUACCGUCGUAGACUGAGUGCAGUGGCCUAUGGACAGCAACAGGCUUACGGACAACAACAGGCCUACGGUCAAGGUUACGGAAAACAAUAGACUCAUAACUCACCUAUGGGAUUAUUCCAUCGAACACCUGCCAAACUUAGUCAGGAGACACUAUUCUCUUGAUGUUGGCAAGUGAGCAUUCCCUGAUAAUAGAUAUUUCAAAUGCGCUUUAGUUUUAUGACAUCUUAUAUAAUCCUGCUCGAUAUGUCUAUGUGAUUAUUAUUAACAUUUUUUUCUGUAUUUUUUCUUUUCAUUGAUGUGACUAUUGAAUAUUUCGGACUGCUUAAUCCUAUGCAUGUAUUCAUUUUCAACAUUUUCGCUGAAAUAAAGUUUCACAGGAAAAGGAA